AUGAGAAAAUCAAAAGAUUGUUCUCGAUUCGAUGUUAUGAGUAAUUGUAUAUUUACCGGAACUGCUAAAAAAAGAGGUCCCCGUAAUGGAAAUGUUGAAGUGAUCAAUAGCCCUGCUCGUCGAAUUCAAAUUUUGAAAAGAGAUCCUAAUUUACGUAAUAAGAUCGAACAGAUGUUAGCGAAUAAUAGUAAUAAUCAUCACGAUGAUGAUUUUAUUCAACGUAAGAGGAUCUCGUCUAGUCCUCCUAAUAAUAAUGAAAAUAUAAAUCAUCUUGAUGAAGUGAACCUACAUAUUGUUGAAACCUCUAAAAGAGAUGGUAAAUAUCUGAUUGGUUGUUUCUUUUAUUAG